AGGAGCUAUACUCCUGCUUCCCAGAACCAGAUCCUGACUAUGUCAAUGAUGAGGAGGAGGGCACCACCAACCAUGAUGAGUCCGACCUGCCUCUCCCUCCUGCCCUCACUGCAGAGGAGCUCUCAGCAGCUGUGUCAGAAGCAUACGACUUGCAUGUGAACAAUGGGGUCUCCAUGACCUCUGAUGAUGCAGCAGCUUCCAGCAGCAAAGAACCCCCACUCAUCAAGCCAAAGCCCUUACAUAACCCUUGCUUAGAAUCCAGGGAACGGCAGGCGCUACAUAGGGAACUCCUCAUGAACUAUAGAAUAGGGAAAGAUGUGCUACAGAAACCUGAGUUAAAUAAAGUCUUACGUGACAGGAGGGAGAAAGAGAAGAAGAAAGAAUGGGAGGAGCUGAAAACCACCAGAGAGAGGACAAGUCUAGUGAUGAAGUUAGAGGAGAGGGCUAACAAAUUAAAAGAGGAGGAAGAGAAGAAAACAAAAGCAACUACAGAGAAGACUCAGGAUCCAGAGUUGACCAGGAUGCAUCGCAAGAUCAUGCAGAAAUCUGCAACCAGUUUUGAGCAGACCUAA